CCUGCCUGCCUUGUUGUUGGUUGAUGGCGGCAUCGGUUAUCGUUUUAUUUUGUGAAUUUACUUUACUACCAAUUAAUUAUUAUGCGGUGUAAUCAUGUGAUAGUAUAGUUUAUUAGUUCAAACCCGUUUAAUUGUUAGGUAAGCAUUUCCUUGUAAGCGUUAAUAAAAAACAUUAAAAUGCCGGUCAUACAAUGGAGAUUCCAAUGGCGACGGAUUUGCUGGGAAAUAAAGGGGUAUAUAGUGUGGAAAUUCACACAGGCAAUAUUGACGGCAAGGUCCCUCACUUAUAAUGAGCACAUGGGUCAUAGUUAUGUAGUGGAUUGCUUGUUAGAACCCAUCUUCUGGUUCGUGGACAACUUUGCAGCUACUUUAGGGAAGGUAUUCGUCAUCUUGGUGACUUUUUUAACAGCAGCUGUAGUUUUAAUAGCGUACUGGGUUGGCCUGCCGUACUGGUGGGAGCGGGACCCGUAUACCUCAGCAUUUCUUGUAGUAUUCGGAAACUGGUUACUUCUUAAUAUCUUGUUCCACUAUUACAUGGGAGUUACAACGCCACCGGGAUAUCCACCAAAGGGUCCAAAGGUCUUAAAAGCGUCCAGCAUUUGCAAGAAAUGUAUAUCUCCAAAACCACCAAGGACUCACCACUGUUCUGUGUGUGAUCGUUGCAUUCUGGGCAUGGACCACCAUUGCCCCUGGCUCAACAACUGUGUCGGAUAUUUUAACGCAAGAUAUUUCUAUCUAUACAUGGUGUAUAUGGUGAUUGGGGUUACGUUCGUUAUAAUUGCUGGGCUCGACCUUGGCUAUCAAGUUCUCUGGCUCAACGAUACAGGUGGCAUCAUUCCCAACAAUGACCCAGAACUGAUUGGACAUCCGGUCAAAAUAAACAAAAGUGGAGUACUCAUCCCUAUUAAGACCAUUGUUGAAUAUGAUUCCAUAAACUUUCCUAGAGAGCAUGACUUACCUGUGCCACCUAUAACUGAGGCACAGCGUAUUUGUGCCCACCCAUGGAAGAGAAAGGGUGUGAUUUUCAUGGCAGUGACCUGUGUGUCAGUGUUCUUUGCACUUGGAGCAUUGGUAAUAGUACAUGGAAGGAACAUAAGUAGAGGCGAAACAAGCGUAGAAGCUCAAAUAAAUGCAACGUUGAGGAAGACUCAAAGCUCUUUCAAGAAUCCAUUUCAUUUUGGAAGAGGGAAAAACUGGAGACUUUUCCUUGGUUUGACGCAAGGCAGAACGUUUGUGAGACAUGUGUUAUUGCCAUCGGCACAUCAACCCACUGGGAAUGGAUUAAUUUGGCACACAGUUCACAAUGUCUAUGAAGAUUGGCCUUAGAAUUUAGUUGGAUAGUUAAUGUACAAGAAAUAUUAUCCAUGUCAUAGUUUCAAGUGAUGCAGAUAGCUGAUGUAAAUGUUAGUGGAUUGUAGGUAUGUUAUUAAGCAAUGUGUAUUUUUAUGUAUAUUUAUUUAACAUAAGCUGUCGCGAAUUAACUGUACAUUAUACAUACUUAUUUAAUGUGUAAAUAGACAUCCCUUUUAUGGGGUCUUAAGGCUGGGUGUAUGUAUACUGUGAGGCAGGUGACAAAAUAUUAUAUACUGUAUGUCCAUAGCAUUCAGACCUAAUUAGCUUGUUCUUACUUGAUAGUUUUGAUCUUCAUGAUUCAUAAUGUUUGUGAUGUGUGUGUUACAUUAUAUUUAAUAAAAAAAAACCUUCAGCCGACGGCUUACGCGAAAAGUAUUAUUGAAUGAACGAAUGCGAAGGUUGUCCUUGUCAAACAAUGAUCGUUAAUGAGGGUUUUCGCGAUGAGAUCGUUAAUGAGGGUUAUUUUUGACAUGACAUUGACAGAUAUGUCAAAAUCCACCAAUCACGCAGCAUUUGGACCUCGCGUCUACGUAUUGCCAUCUGGCGGAUUUUUAAAUCGCGAAAAGCGGAUUUUUCAAUCGCGAAAACACUCUUUCGUCUGACUGAUUAAACUCGCUCUAAAUUCUUCCUCUCGUGUUGGUUGUGACAGGAUGUGAACUUAUGAGCGGCUAUCGUGACAUGGCUCAUGUUUAAAAAAAUCAACAAAAAAUAUACUGAAGAAAAACAUAAUAAAAAAGUAGUGUAUGACAAUAUAAUUAAAUUAAAAAUAUCAAAUUGAGUGAGAUCAUGAAUUUUUCAUUCAAUCAUAGUAUCCAUUCAGUAUUCCUUUUAAUAAAUUUGAAUUUGAACGUUGAUAUUACGAUCAAGACUACUGGUACCUGCUUGACGAAUAAAUAGGUAAUUCACCAAAAAUACUCUCAUUUCAUACAUUAUUGUAAUGAUUCUAUCAUUUACUGUGUUGGUUUGUUAAAUAGAUCAUCUUGAUAAUAUCUAUUUAAAGAAUACUAAACUCAAAACACGUCUCAUAAAACCAACUUUAAAAUAACUAGAAUAUUAUAUUUGUAUAAGUAUUGAUUUGUUAAGUCAGUCUGAGUUAGAAAAUUGGCUCAUAAAAAAUUAGAAAGAGGUCUCUUUCACUACCAUUAAUGCCGUUAAUUAAUUACUAUUUUGAUAUUAGAUUAUUUUCAUAUAUACGCAUUUACUAUGUCCAUUCCUUUUAUCGGUGUUUAUUUUACGUUAAUUUAACCUUAGUAAUACUCGUACUAAUCGAAAAUGAAAAUUGU